AUGAGACGACGAUCACAUUCUGACGAGCAUACAGGUGUAGCGAAAGCUUGUAUGACAAAUGGCUCGAAUCUAUCUCACUCUACUUGUGCACAACAGCUUAAUGAUUCGAUGAUAUACAUGGAUGGACCGCAAGUUUACGCCUGUGCAAAGUGCAGAACUCAUCUCACAAGCCAUGACGAAAUUAUUUCGAAGAGUUUUCAUGGGCGCCAUGGUCGAGCUUUUCUUUUUGACCAUUGCGUGAAUGUCGAUAUUGGACCUGCAGAAGAAAGGCCACUAAUGACAGGCCUUCACAGUGUAUGUGACAUCUUCUGCAGGCGUUGCAAGGGCAUGGUGGGUUGGACGUAUAUCAAGGCAUACGAAGCGAGUCAAAAGUACAAGGAAGGAAAGUUCAUUCUUGAGAAAAUAAACCUCCACCUCGAAGCGAGCGACCAUUACAGAGUCGCCCCCCCACCAGGGGAAAAAAAUGAUCGAUUCCGAGCAAGAUCGAUCAGUUGGGGGAGCAAUCGUUUCUCUCACUUGCAGCCCAUCGAAGUCUACGAAUAUGAUGGUGCUUCUAAAAUCCGUGGAUUGGAUCUCAGUGAUUCGAAGCAGACAAGCGGGGGAGACUUGUCCGAGCAAUGCACUGUGCCAAAAUGUGACACUAUGCCACGCCUCUGA